UAGUUACCCAACAACUUACUUACAGAAACUGAACGUUUGACACUGAGAGAGACCAACUACUUAUAGCAAUUGACACACACACAAACACACACGCACGCACGCAGAGAGCUAGAGAACCAUGGGUGGCGAAGAUAAAGAAGAUCAGGAGGGCCCAUUACUGAGAAGAAUCCAGUCAUCUGAUGAUUCUCAAGAACCUCUCAAAAGAACUGAAAUCCAACAAAUUUGAUUCGAAUGUGAGAAGGGUUGGUGGGCUGGUGAGCACGAGCCCCUCACAUUCAAGAUCGGAUUUUCAUUAUUUUCAUGAAAAUAAUGAUACAGAGGGAACUUAUGGACUGCAAUGGCGCAUAUAAUAACUGGAGUGAUAGGAGCAGGUGUGCUUUCUCUUGCGUGGAGCACGGCUCAGCUAGGGUGGAUCGCAGGUCCAGUGGCUAUCAUAGCCUUCGCGUUAACCACCAUUGUUUCCACAAACCUCCUGUGUGAUUGUUACAGAUCUCCUGAUCCAGACAUUGGGCCCACCAGAAACAGGUCCUACAUAGAAGCUGUCAAGUUCUAUUUGGGAGAGAAGAACAAAAAAAUGUGUGCAAUAUUUGUGAAUGAGAGCUUAUAUGGUUGUGGAAUCGCAUAUACCAUCACAUCUGCUGCCAGUAUGAGAGCAAUUCAGAAAUCAAAUUGUUACCAUAGAGAAGGGCAUGAUGCAGCAUGUGACUAUGGGGAAACUAUAUAUAUGCUUAUAUUUGGAGUCACUCAGAUUGUGGUGUCCCAGAUACCAGAUUUCCAUAACAUGGCAUGGCUCUCUAUUGUUGCUGCUACCAUGUCCUUCACCUACUCUAUCAUUGGAUUUGCCCUCGGCUUUGCAAAAGUCAUCGAAAAUGGGGAGAUUAAAGGGAGCAUUGGAGGAGUCCCAACUGACAGUAUAAUUGAGAAGUUAUGGUUGGCGUUUCAAGCUCUUGGAGAUAUUGCUUUUGCCUAUCCAUAUACAAUUAUCCUUCUAGAGAUACAAGAUACUUUGAAGUCAUCUCCACCAGUAAUCCAGACCAUGAAGAAGGCCUCAGUGUCUGCAAUCUUUGUUACCACUGCCUUCUACCUCCUCUGUGGAGGCUUUGGUUAUGCAGCCUUUGGGAAUGAUACACCCGGGAACCUCUUGACGGGAUUCGGAUUCUAUGAGCCCUACUGGCUCGUGGACUUCGCCAACGCUUGCAUUGUUCUACAUCUAGUUGGAGGAUAUCAGGUAUAUAGUCAGCCACUGUUUGCAUUGACAGAGAAAUGGUUUGCUGAGAAGUUCCCGGACAGCGGAUUCGUGAAUAAUUUCUACGCCUUCAAACUCCCAUUGUUGCCGGUUCUUCAGCUAAAUCCCAUGAGGCUAUGUUUCCGAACUGCAUACGUUGUGUCAACGACCGGAAUUGCCAUGAUCUUUCCUUACUUCAACCAAGUUUUGGGUGUGUUGGGGGCUCUUAACUUUUGGUCCAUGGCUAUAUAUUUCCCAGUGGAAAUGUACUUUGUGCAAAAGAAGAUAGUGGCUUGGACAAGAAAGUGGAUUGUUCUUCAAAUUUUUAGCAUAGUUUGCUUUCUUGUAUCAGUAGUGGCCUUAAUUGGAUCAAUUGAGGGUCUUAUAAGUGCAAAACUCAGCUAAAAUUAAAAAUGCAGGGUGAUGCUCUUCAAUUUUUUUCACUAUUAAUAGUAGUAUUUGCAAAUGCCAAGACUCGAGCCCAAGCUCCCAAAGACAACAUUGCUCUUCAUUAAUUGAUUAUAGAAUGAAAUACAUAUUAGCGUUUUUUUUU